AUGGAAUUAGUAGAUGAAGAAAAAGAUGCAAAUAUUAUACCUCAAGACAAUGAAAUAUCUACCACAUCAACCAAUAAAAUUGGUUUAACAGAUACAGAUAUUACAAGUAGUAGUACUGUGAAUAGUAAAAAAAGAUUUGAAGUUAAAAAAUGGAAUGCAGUAGCUUUAUGGGCAUGGGAUAUUGUUGUUGAUAAUUGUGCUAUAUGUCGCAACCAUAUAAUGGAUUUGUGCAUUGAAUGCCAAGCUAAUCAAGCUUCAGCAACAAGUGAAGAAUGUACAGUUGCAUGGGGUGUUUGUAAUCAUGCAUUUCAUUUUCAUUGCAUAUCACGAUGGCUAAGGACUCGCCAGGUUUGUCCCCUAGAUAACAGAGAAUGGGAAUUUCAAAAAUAUGGUCAUUAA